AUGACGUUUUUAGUGGAUGAAAGCCCUGGAGUUAAGGCAGAUCAAAAGCUAUUUUGCAGGCCCUUCUGCCGGCCUGCUAACCUUUGCGUGAUUCUGCCUGGCUUGUUCAUUGGCAACUUUAAAGAUGCCCGAGAUGUAGAGCAAUUGAGUAAGAAUAACAUUACGCACAUUCUUUCAAUCCACGACAGUGCCCGCCCUAUGCUCGAGGGAGUGAAGUAUCUGUGCAUUCCAAGCAUUGAAGUGUUUAACCAAAAUUUGGCAAGGCAUUUCAGAGAGAGCAUCAAAUUUAUCCAUGAGUGCCGGCUUACAGGUGAAGGCUGCCUAGUUCAUUGCCUUGCAGGUGUCUCCAGAAGUGUAACAUUGGUGGUUGCCUACAUCAUGACCAUCACAGACUUUGGUUGGGAAGAUGCACUGUCUGUUGUCCGUGCAGCAAGAUCCUGUGCCAAUCCUAAUAUGGGCUUCCAGAGGCAGCUACAGGACUUUGAAAAACAUGAUGUUGAUCAGUUCAGGCAGUGGCUGAAAGAAGAAUAUGGGGAAAACUCUUCUCAGGAUCUGCAAGAAGCCAAAAAUCUUCUGAGCAAAUAUAAAGAGCAGGCAGAAUUGCAGCAGAGUACUGGAGGAAGACAGUGGAAUAACAACUUUUCAUCUGUGCCAUCUCUCUCAUACAGCAACUACACAACAGAGACCUAA